GAUGUUGUUUCAGCGGCAGACUGGAGUGGUGAUGGAGCUGAUAAAGGCCUGAUCCUUAGGGUUAAAACUCUCCAUGACGAAACGAGCCUAUCCAAAGGCAUAACUUGGAAAAACUAUUUUUGAAUCCGUCCGGCCCUUUUCCUGGACCAGGUUCCUGUGGGAGGGCCGCUGGAAAAGCAUGGGAAAGUUCCUCUCCCUCACUUUUCCUCAUAACCGCCAUUCAGCUCGGGGGAGAGACUCGGAAGGAGAAACUGUUGCACAGACAGAUCACGACAACACAAACACAUCCAGAGAGUGACAGGUGCAGAGGAUGUCCAGAGCUGACUGGGGUUUUCUGGAGCACCUGCUAGUGGAAGGUCAGGAGUACUCGACGAACGUGGGACGUGUGUGGCUCACUGUACUCUUUCUCUUUCGCUUGCUUGUCUUGGGCACGGCAGCCGAGUCCGCCUGGGAUGACGAGCAGUCCGACUUUGUCUGCAACACCAAACAGCCCGGUUGCGAGGCCGUCUGUUAUGAUAAGGCUUUUCCUGUCUCCCACUUCCGCUACUUUGUUCUGCAGGUCAUCUUCGUCUCCACGCCCACCAUUUUUUAUUUUGGCUAUGUGGCUCUGAAGACACGUGAGGACCAGAAGCCAGCAGAGGAGAUCGUAGAGGAGCAGCGUGGGCGGCAGAGGAAUGGAAAAGCCAAUCAGAGUAAGCUAGAUGUAAUAAAGGAAGAGGAUGAGGAAGAUGAGAAGCAGCUGGAAAAGAGGAAGAAAGAGGGAGAGCCUCCUAAGCUCAAAGGGAAGCUGUUAGGUGCCUACGCUGCUAGCAUAGUACUAAAGGUUGUGCUCGAGGUGGGCUUCAUUGUUGGUCUUUGGUUCCUCUACGGAUUUGUAGUUGCAGCAAAGUAUGAAUGCAAGCGUGAUCCCUGCCCUCACACUGUGGACUGCUUUGUCUCGCGGCCAACCGAGAAGACCAUUUUUACUAUCUACACUCAGGUCAUUGCUGCAAUUUCUGCAUUCCUGAACAUUCUGGAGUUGUUCCAUCUCCUUAAGCUGGCCAUCACCCAUAGUCUGGAGAAGAGAUACCAGUACCAGGAGCUUGGGAGGCAGAUAGAGAGGACGCCUACGAAACUGGAGCUGGCAGAGGUUCAUGCUCUUUCAUACGAGGAGAAGGGACAUCUUUUUCUCCCUGUAGACAACAACAGCUAUACCCAGUCUAGCCUUGACUGGACUGAGAGGGAGCACCACCUAGCUGAGGACAUGCUCCCUAGCUACUCAAACUGUGUUAGAAGCAGCAAUCACAGGCAUCACUCAAAAAAACACAUCCACUCCAAAAAACACAGUAAAAGUGACCAUAAAGAGAAGCGCUCCAAAGACAAACACUAUGUAUGAGGCCAAAAUGGACAAAUGAAACACAUUAGCCGGGUCCAGUUUAAUGGAACCUGUUUUGGAACAUCAGAGUGAGGAUGAAAUUCCCUUGCUUUGGUCCCAGUGCGUAAUUGUGAGGCAAAGGCCAUUUCCCUUGUUUGGAAUGUACUGUGCUCCAGGCUGAACUGCCUUCCUCCGAAAGCAUUUAAAGGUGUUAACAGUUGAGGUAGCAGCCAGCCAAACCCAUUAAUGUCUGUACUUCAGCAAUGCUGAUGCUCAGCGCACAGAGGAAUUAUGGUUCUAGAGAGCCAGGUGACGGUGGACAGUGCAAAGCCAAAGUGGCAGUUUGAGAUGAACUGCUCAGUGGUUAAGGUACAGCAAAAAGUAGCAAUUAAAUGAAUGUUCCAUUAAAAAAGAUUUAAGGUUUUCACUCACGCCUCACGCCUAUUAGUAAGCCAGUGUUUAUGUUUUUGUCUAUACUUUCUAUAUAUAGAAAAGUGCUUUUAAUAGUUUAUCUCAGGAAGUUGAAGUCUGAUGCAGCCAAACUCACAGCUACCUAAAAAGUGUAUAACAAAAGUUGAUAAUCUGUUCAACUGUAACUUUUCUUUAGAGCAGAUUAUUUCUGUAACAGUUAGUAAAAAACACUGAUCCAAUGUACCAGCCAAAUAUGUGAAUUAAGAACAAUAUAUUUAACAAUAGUUAUUUUUUAAUUUUAUACUGAAUUUUAUAUUUAUUCUGUUUAGUUCUAAUAAAGUUAUUCUUUAGUUUUCAUUCA